AUGACAUCUCCAAAGUUUGUUUUCUAUCUGACAUGUCUGUUCUUGGCAAAAAUUGCUCAGACAACUGAUCUGAAAUCCUCCUCAUCCAUUCAACAAGACAGUGGUUUUAUGUCAGCAAAAAUAGGGGACAACAUAAUUUUGCGAUGUUUCUAUAAAGGUGAUGUUGCAGCAAGGUUUCACUGGUAUAAACAAACUCUGGGACAGAGACCAAGACUCAUCUCCACCUUUUAUAAGUAUGAAAAAAAUGGAAUUUUUCAUGAUGAAUUCAAAAAUAAUCCACGCUUCACACUGGAUACUGAAAUAGGUAAAAAUCACUUGAAGAUAACAGAUCUGCGCGUUUCAGACUCAGCUACUUACUACUGCGUGAGUAGCUAUUCAUACAACUUUGAAUUUGCAGAGGGCACUACUGUCAGUGUAAAGGGAUCAGGUUCAACCGUCCCAGUUUCGGUCCAUCAGUCAGCAUCUGAGCCCAUCCAGCCAGGAGGCUCUGUGACUCUGAACUGUACAGUACACACUGGGACCUGUGAUGGAGAACACAGUGUUUACUGGUUCAAAAACUCUGAAGAAUCUCAUCCAGGACUUUUUUACACCCAUGGAGGCAGGAACGAUCAGUGUGAGAGGAAUUCCAGCACACAAACACACACCUGUGUCUACAACUUGCCAUUGAAGAGCCUGAAUCUUUCUCAAGAUGAGACCUACUACUGUGCUGUUGCCUCAUGUGGACACAUACUGUUUGGAAAUGGGACCAAACUGGACUUUGAAGAUGAGGUGAACUCUCUUGUCUUGGUGCAUUUCUUGAGUGGGACUUUGGCAUUCACUAUCAUUCUGAUUGUUUUACUGGCUUCCUUAAUGUGUGUGAUCAACAAGAGAAAUAACUGCAAAUGUACAGAGGGUGUCCAAAAUGAAGAAAACAUCCAUUACGCAGCCUUGAAGGAACAAAAGGUCAACAGCUCCAGAAGACAAAAGAACAACACCAGGACUGAAUGCGUGUACUCAAGUAUAAAGCAGUAG